GCUGCGCGAGCUCAGAAGUAGCGUCACAGACAGCAGAGGAGGACACGCGCGCGCUGCUUCUAGAUGACAGACCUAACGUAAACAUACCUUUCCUGCCUCUUUAUCACCCUAACACAGUCUCUCCUGCUCUCGGGAAGCCUGGAGAAGAAGAAUGACUGACGGAGGAAUGCUAAUCUUACCGUCGGCUCUCCAGGAUCCCGGGGAUGGAGCGAAACCUGAAGAAAUCAGUAUGGAUUGUACGGACGGGGAAGAUGAAUUGUGUUUGGAAGAGAUUUUAACUCUGUACAGUCAGCCGAUCAACGAGGAGCAAGCCUGGGCCGUGCUGGAAAUAUGUGAUAAUGCAUAUCUGAUUGGUUUCUCUUUAUUUUUUCUUCUCCCCAUUACAGAUAAACACAUCCCGCCCAGUACAUCAAUAGAGAUCAUAGAGUCUCUGGGUAUAAUGAUCUACAAGGCUUUGGAUUACGGCCUGAAGGAGCAUGAGGAGAGAGAGCUCAGCCCUCCUCUGGAGCAGCUCAUCGACCUCAUGACCAACAUGGCAGACACAGAAACAGACUGUCUUGAUGAGGGAUAUGAGGCAACAGAGGAAGAGGAUGAGGGAGAGGAAGAACCCACAGAAGUCUCCAACAUCCGUGGCUACCGUGACAUCAUUUCCCUGUGCACGUCUCACCUUCCCAGCCCAUCAGAUGCUCCCAACCACUACCAGGCCGUAUGUCGAGCCCUGUACGCAGAGACCAAGGAGCUACGCACCUUCCUAGAGAAGAUCAAGAGUGCCAAAGAGAAUUUGCGGAAGAUGGAAGGAGAAACAGAGGAGCCUGUCAGAGACCUGAAUGAGCUGCAGAAUGCUGACUGGGCACGGUUUUGGGUGCAGGUGAUGAGGGACCUGAGACACGGUGUGAAGCUGAAGAAGGUCCAGGAGCGUCAGUAUAACCUUCUACCCAUCGAGUUCCAGCUCACGCCUUAUGAGAUGCUCAUGGACGACAUCCGCUCCAAACGCUACAAACUUCGCAAAGUCAUGGUCAAUGGUAACAUUCCUCCGAGGUUAAAGAAGAGUGCUCACGAGAUCAUACUGGAGUUCAUUCGCUCCAGACCUCCACUGAAUCCUGUUUCUGCUCGUAAGCUAAAGCCUCAUCCUCCAAGACCUCCCAGUCUUCAUGAACGUAUCCUGGAAGGGAUCCGGUCGGAGAGAAAGCUCAGGCCCGUCUCACCUGAUAUGAUCCGUAGGAGUCGACUCGGCGCAGGCAAAAGUAUGAGCACCCCACAGGACUUGUUCCGAAGCUCAGACUUUCCUGACGGACACCGAAAGUUGGCUGUCAGCACACUGUCCCUGGCCAGUGGCACGUCGCCAGCUCGGAGCCCCGUAAACGGUGUAGCCGGAGGUCAGCCGCUGUCCCAGAGAAAGAGGUUGCUCAAAGCGCCUACGCUGGCUGAGCUUGAUAGCUCCGACUCGGAUGAGGAACAAAACACUCGGACGUCUGACAGCAGCUCCAGCGUAUCCGCCUCUCUGGUUGAGGACACGUCUCCAGAGUCCGUCAUGGCCAAAAAAACUCCUCCGCAGUUCCUGCCCAUAUCUUCUACCCCUCAACCUGACAAACGCAUCGCUCCACAGAGGAGGCACUCCAUAGAGAAAGAAGAUCCCACCAGCGUACGGCCUUUCCUGCCUCCGUCUCGCCAGAACUCCAAAUCUCUGGCUCACGCACUAGGCAGCGGUCGUGCGGAGGAGUUCUGCUACCCUGUCGAGUGCCUGACUUUGACCGUAGAGGAGGUGAUGCAUAUCAGACAGGUUCUUGUUAAAGCAGAGCUGGAGAAGUUCCAGCAGUAUAAAGACGUCUAUAAUGCGCUAAAGAAAGGAAAGCUUUGCUUCUCAUGUCGGACGAAGAAGUUCUCGCUCUUCACCUGGUCCUACACCUGCCAGUUCUGUAAGAGGCCUGUUUGUUCACAGUGCUGUAAGAAGAUGAAGUUGCCCUCCAAGCCCCAUGCCAGCCUGCCCAUCUCCUCUCUGGGCCCCAGCAUCCUGCCCAAAAAGGAGUCUGCAGCGUCAGCCGCGACAGAGAAGCCCUCCUCCACAUCCAGCCACAAGCGUCACAGCCUUCAGCGCACAAUGUCCAGAUCAUCAAAGCACGCUGAGCGCUCGUCCUCCAAAGAUGGGCUGGAGCUGCCGGAGCAGUUCACAGAGGACUGGAGCAGCAUGGAGGUCUGCGUGGACUGCAAGAAGUUCAUCAAUGACAUAAUCAGCAACAGCAGGCGCAACCUGACCACCAAACGUGCCCGGCUGCACCGCAGGACCCACUCCGUCUACAUGUCCAACACCAGCUCUUCCAACUACAAACCCUCAGAACGAACUAUCAAAGAGGUUUAGGAUGUUACAUACUGUAUGAAAAAUACGCCCACUUUUGUUAGCUUUGUAACGUUCCUUCAAUACCACUUCUUUUCCAUUUAAAAAGUGCCAGAGGUGAAGGAAUAAAGCCGUCCCUCUUCCAGCAUGAGUCCUUAAGCACCAGCCUUCUCAGGAAAAGGUUUCUUCUGUGAUUAAAGCUUUGGAAUGUAGUUUAACACACUUUAAAUUGACUUUGACCAGACUUUUCUCAAAUGAACACAGAAUGAAAUGACAGUGUGAUAAAAGAUAUCGCAAGGCUGCUUUGAUCACUGAAAGACACAAGGCCUGAAUGUACAUUUUUCAAUGGAGCUCAAUUGUAUGUGAAUAGUUGCUGAAUGCUCAGCCUAAAUGUAAAUAGGCAUCCAAACUGACUUAUUUUCCCCUUUUACGAAGUACUAGUCGAUUGCUGAAAGACCAAGAGACUGUAGAUUUAUUCAGCCUCCGCAACAAUUCAAGAUCAAGUCUUACCAAAUGUUUUUCUGAUUGUUUGUUAAAAUUGCUGCUGUGAUUGUGACGUGAUCCAAACGAAUGCCGCUUUAGAUAAUUACAGAAAGUACUUACAGAUAAAUAUAUUUUUCCUGUCUGAUGGCAGUGUUUUUGAGAUUUUAGUCAAAGAUGAAGGUCAAGAAGUGUUUUUUAAGAGCGGAUGCUGAAAGCUGUAGUGUUUCUUAAAGUAGUGAUCGGCUGUGCCAAACAAAUCUCCACUAUCUGAGCAAUAUGUGUCUUGGACCUGAUGUACAUAGUCAAUAACAUUUACCGGAGAUGGUGACGGCCCAAAGGGGGGAAGCCAGUUCUCUCUUUUAUAUAGGAAGUGACUUUUGUAGGAUAUGUUUAUGUACAUGCUGUAUAUCCGAAUCUCAUCUGAUCCACUUAUCUAUUAAAAUAGGCUCUAUUGUUAUAAAGUGCUGAUUUAUAUGAUUAAUAAUGAUUAUUUUAUUUUUCAGUGUCAAAUGUUGCUUUCUUUUCAUGUUCACUCAACAACUACAAAUAUUUUGUUAUUUUUCAGCUGCACAUUUAUUUUGACGUCUUAAAACUUUGUAAAUUAAUUUAUAAUAUAUUAUUAAUUACCGUUCUGUGCAAUGAAACACCCCAGGAGACUUUAAAUAUGAAGGUACUGAAGUCGUGUCAGGGUUUUUGGAAGGAUUGUUUCUGUUUGUCCUUAAAUUAAAAGAAAAUACACACACACUUGGUAUAUGGUAUACAGGCCUGUUCUUUUGUUUUGUGCAAAACUGACUGUACUGCCUUCCUCUGAAGAAUGAUUGGUGUGCAUGAUGAAAUCUAUGAUUU